AUAUGACGGUGACAUUUGCACCAACAAAUUUAUCAACAGAUGUUAAAUCAAUUGAAAUGUUUCAUGGUGAUUUAGAAGAAGCAUUACCCGGUGAUAACGUUGGCUUUAAUGUUAAAGGUAUCGCAGUUAAAGAAUUACGUCGUGGUCUGGUUUGUUCAGAUGCAAGAAAUGAUCCAGCUCAAGAAGCAAUAAGUUUUAUUGCACAAGUGAUCGUUUUAAAUCAUCCUGGUCAAAUCGGUCAAGGUUAUGCGCCUGUAUUAGAUUGUCAUACUGCACAUAUUGCAUGUAAAUUUGUUGAAUUAUUAGAAAAAGUUGAUCGUCGUUCAGGUAAAACAAUUGAAGAAUCACCAAAGUUUUUGAAAUCCGGGGAAGCUGCCAUGAUUAAAAUGAUCCCAUCAAAACCGAUGUGUGUUGAGAAAUUUGCUGAUUUUCCACCACUUGGCCGUUUUGCCGUCCGUGAUAUGCGGCAAACCGUUGCUGUUGGUGUUAUAAAAGACGUUGAAAAGAAACCAAUUGGAGGGGUAUCCAGUGGAAAAGGCGCAACAAAAGCAGGAACAAAGAGUGGUGGCGGUGGAAAGAAAAUAACAACAUGA